GUCCGCGCGGCGCCCACCUGCCGCCCCGACGGGAGCCUUGCAGCCGCGCCCGUGGCACCAUGAGCCCCCGCUCGUGCCUGCGGUCGCUGCGACUCCUCGUCUUCGCCGUGUUCUCGGCCGCCGCGAGCAACUGGCUGUACCUGGCCAAGCUGUCCUCAGUGGGCAGCAUCUCCGAAGAGGAGACGUGCGAGAAGCUCAAAGGCCUGAUCCAGAGACAGGUGCAGAUGUGCAAGCGGAACCUAGAAGUGAUGGACUCAGUGCGCCGAGGCGCCCAGCUGGCCAUCGAGGAGUGCCAAUACCAGUUCCGGAAUCGACGGUGGAACUGCUCCACACUGGACUCCUUGCCUGUCUUUGGGAAGGUGGUGACACAAGGGACUCGGGAGGCGGCCUUUGUAUACGCCAUCUCUUCAGCAGGUGUGGCCUUUGCAGUGACAAGGGCAUGCAGCAGUGGAGAGCUGGAGAAGUGUGGCUGUGACCGGACAGUGCACGGGGUCAGCCCACAAGGCUUCCAGUGGUCAGGAUGUUCAGACAACAUCGCCUAUGGCGUAGCCUUCUCACAGUCCUUUGUGGAUGUACGGGAGAGAAGCAAGGGUGCCUCCUCCAGCCGGGCACUCAUGAAUCUUCACAACAACGAGGCUGGCAGGAAGGCCAUCUUGACACACAUGCGGGUGGAGUGCAAGUGCCACGGGGUGUCAGGCUCCUGCGAGGUAAAGACAUGCUGGCGAGCUGUACCACCCUUCCGCCAAGUUGGCCACGCACUAAAGGAGAAGUUUGACGGUGCCACAGAGGUGGAGCCACGUCGUGUGGGCUCCUCCCGGGCACUGGUGCCACGAAAUGCACAGUUCAAGCCACAUACGGAUGAGGACCUGGUAUACCUGGAGCCCAGUCCAGACUUCUGUGAGCAGGACAUACGCAGUGGUGUGCUAGGCACAAGAGGCCGCACAUGCAACAAGACGUCCAAAGCCAUUGAUGGCUGCGAGCUGCUGUGCUGUGGCCGCGGUUUCCACACAGCGCAGGUGGAGCUAGCCGAGCGCUGUGGCUGCAGGUUCCACUGGUGCUGUUUCGUCAAGUGCCGGCAGUGCCAGCGCCUCGUGGAGAUGCACACAUGCCGGUGACUGCCCAUGUGUGCCCAGCACCACCUGCGUGGCCCACGAAAGGCCAAUAACUUAAACAGUCUCCCACCACCUACCCCAAGAGAUACUGGUUGUAUUUUUUGUUUUGGUUUGGUUUUUGGGUCCUCAAGUUUAUUUAUUGCCAAAAAUAGGCAGGCAACCCCAAGGGCACCAACCAGGGCCUCCCCAAGUCUGAGCCUUUGUGUAUGGCUGCCACUGACCAAAGGGACUUUGUUUAUGCCUCUGGCUGGCCACAUUGACCACUGCUGACUACUCAGCUGUUGUUGGUGUCCAUUUUUCUACAUAUAGACUAAAAAGUGGGUAAUAAGGAGUGACUGUGGACCCUACCAUGCAGGGAAACAGAUGGCCCUAUGGCAGGUUCCAUCUUGCUGGAAUAGAUAUGACCUGCAAUAAAGGAGCUUGCACCUCUACACCCCACACAUACACAGGGACUGCUAGUAACCCUAGCUCUUAAAGUCCCUAGGAAGGGAAUGGACAGAUAUCAGGUCA